GUCAAGUGCAGUUGAUGAAAGUUAUUUCAACGAAAAGCAUUCACGAGAUCAUUCGAAUUUUAACAAACCCCAGUGAGUGCAGUGAUACGCACGUUCCAGGAGAUAAAAUAUGUUUCCCCGUGCAAUCGUCCUUUUUCGUCACUCUUCCUACAGUUUAGGUAGAAACGCGCUAUCAAAUUCAAGGGCGAUCGUGCAGACAGACUCCGCCAAGCAUGUAACGACGAUUCCUGCCAGGUACUUUGGCAUUACUGGCACGGUCCAGCGAGCCAACGAAAGCUUCGACGAUUUCCGUGCCCGUGAAGAGAGGAAAGAGCAGGAAUAUGCAAAGCAACAGCAGCAACAGCAGGCAACUGGUGCCGGCAGCAGUUCCAGCAGCACCUCACAUACCGACUCAUUUUCAUCCACAAUGGACGACCCCCAAUCGGUGGAUCCUGCCGUGGAGCGUACAAAGGAAAUGAUCCUGGAUGCGGCGUUAGGUUUCGUGCAAUCACACGGCUGGUCGAAACAGGCCAUUGCCAAGGGAGCGGAAGCAGUGAACUAUCCCAGCGUAAGCCAUGGGCUAUUUCCACGGGGUGGAAUUGAGCUUGUGCACCACUUCUACAAGCAGUGCAAUCUAAAACUCAUCGACCACCUCAAACAAGAGACGGCGGAGGUGGAAAAGGUCGCCAACCCAUCGGACUUUGCCCGCAAAGCGAUCGAGUUUCGGCUUCGGCUGCUCGAACCGUACCUGAAGUAUUGGCCACAGGCACUCGGACUGAUGGCGCUGCCACCGAACGCACCGCACUCGCUGGCCAACGUGCUGACGCUGGUGGACGACAUUUGUUACUAUGCCGGGGAUCGCUCGGUUGAUUUCAACUGGUACACACGACGCAUUGGGCUAGCGUGCAUCUACAAAACCACGGAACUGUACAUGCUGCAAGACGCAUCGGCGGGAUUCGAAAAAACGUGGAAAUUUCUCGAGCGCCGUAUGGAAGAGGCUAGCUUAGUGCACGAGUUUCUGGUCAAAUCGGAAGAUGCCACGCAUCAUCUGCAAAAUGCCGUCGGUUCGGCUUUCACAACGGCGCGCAACAUUCUUGGCCUAAACUUUGACCGACGAUGAUAUGAUUAAUGUGUGUGUGAGAGAGAGUCGGAAAAAGGAUUAGGUUCCUCGCAGAUAGUCCAAGCCAUUUCAGCGACAUUACUACAUUCAUUAUACCAAAAAAUUUUGGCUCAGGAAUGACACAAAUAAACGAAUGAACUAUUAUGCUACUGAA